AACUGGAAGAGAUAGAGAAUCUGAACGAGGGAAAUGUAUAAACGUAUAGUGAGAGUAAAUGAGGUAUAGUAAGAGUUAGUAAAUUAGAUAAAGUAACGAGUGGCAGGGAGAAUGACUGAAAUAGACAGCUAGAGUGGAUGAAGUGGUGGAUUUCGUUCUAUGGCCGCGUACGGAACCUCUCAGAUCAACAACAGUGAAAAUAUAACACCCACAGAAUCAGGAUACAACAGCAAUCUAAAUCGCCAUCAGACAACCGAUCUGAACGGUCCAAACGUUGGUCCGUCAGACGUACGUGAUAAAGUUGAGACUGUUUAUUCGUCAGUGCAUCAUGGUGCGAAAAUGUUCCCCAGAUCAGGUUUCUCUCUGUUUAGCUAUUUCACAUCUGAGCUCACUCGAGGUUAUGUUCCGGAGAAAGACCAGAAGAAUUUCACAGAGAAACGGAAAAGAAUUUAUACAUUCAUAAAGAUACCUUUUGAACUAGAACAGUUUGUCAUCUAUGGGUUCUUCCAAUGUGUUGAUGCCUUCCUUUUCAUCUUUACAUUCCUUCCACUGCGGAUAUGUCUAGCUUUGCUCAAACUUUUAACCCAUCCUUGUGGUUUUUUUAUGUAUGGAUCCAGGAAAAUAUUAGAGCCUUCUCAGACAUGCGAUAUCCUCAAGGGCAUAAUCAUAGUGCUAAGUUGUUUCAUCCUCAACUAUUUGGAUAUCUCAAUGAUGUAUCACAUUAUACGUGGCCAAGCUGUAUUGAAGCUCUACGUAUUUUAUAAUAUUGUUGAGCUGGCAGAUAAAUUAUUUAUUGGUAUUGGACAAGAUUUCCUUGACUCUCUCUUCUGGAGUGCAACUGAACCUAGAGGAAGGAAAAGGGAACAUAUUGGAGUCCUUGGUCACCUUAUUUUAGCUAUUUUUUAUGUUAUUCUUCACAGCAUCCUGAUUCUAGUCCAGGCUACAAUUUUAAAUGUAGCUUUCAAUUCUCAUAACAAAUCUCUCCUUAUCAUUAUGAUGUCUAACAAUUUUGUUGAGAUUAAAAUAAAUGUCUUCAAAAGAGUGGACAAAAAAAACCUUUUCCAAAUCUCCUGCAGUGAUGCCCGUGAAAGGUUUCAGUACAUUAUCCUUCUGUUUAUAGUGUUUGUUCGAAAUAUGGCAGAAUUUUCCUGGAAUCCUGAACAUAUUUCAGUAAUUCUGCCAGAUGCAGUCAUGAUUCUUUUGGCAGAGGUAGUAGUCGACUGGUUAAAGCAUGCUUUCAUCAGUAAGUUCAAUGAAAUAUCUAAGGAGGUUUAUGCAGAUUUCUCUCUUAUUUUGGCCCAAGAUAUGGUAUCAAGUCGUCAGACACAGGCUUUCACAGAUCAUUCUGAUCUCUUAUCUCGGCGAAUGGGCUUCACUCCUCUGCCUUUGGCCUGCAUUCUCUAUCAAGUAUGUGUCCGCUCAUUUAAAGUCCAUGGGUAUCUGGGUUUUGCAGUUUUGGUAAUGGUUUAUCUUUGUUUGACAUCAACUAAAGUACUGAACACCCUGCUACUUCUUGGUCGUGCAAACAAAUUGAUCUAUGGAACCACAUCAGCCCCACCGCCAUCGUCACAGUCCUCAACACCUCCACCAUCAUCAUCUCCAAAUGCAGAAUGCACACAGCAACCUCCACCAAUAAUUUCAGUGCCAGUUGCUCCUGUAACCCCUACUAAAAUCAGUAGUCUUUUGCUUUCAACAAGCUGUCCAAACAAAACAGAAGACUCUCCAUGCAGUAGCAUUCCUAUGACGCCCUCCACACCUCCUCCUACUCCAACCACUCCCACUACCAGCACUGCCCCCACUAUAGUCUUUGCUCCCGCCACCUUUACCGCUGCUCUUUCAGCAGCAGCAGAAUCCAGCAGUAGAUGUGGUAGUUUCAUUUCUAGCAGCAGAGAAUGGGAAGAGUUCCCACCUGCUGGUGCUAUGCCGAUUGCUUCAUUAGACAAAGCAGUCAACACUCAACAGGAUGAGGACUUCGAGAAUGCUCCAAUGAUGCCCACGAAAUCGGAACCAGUGAGUCCACCUGUUGUAAUUAGGUCCCAGCCAAGCGGCAUCGCUGAAGAGCUUGUCGACAAACCUGUAGUGAACAUGUCCAAUAACGAAGACAACCGCUUGAUGGCGGACACUAUUAGAAAACGAAAAAGUACAGUGGAUGAAAAUGUCUUCUUUGAAAACCAAAGUCAGCAAGCAUCAAGUGCACCGACAGUUGAAAAAAUAUCUAAAUCUACUAGUAUGGAUCAAGAUGACAUUUGUCAAGAAGCUACAUUAAAUAAAAUCUCUGAAGACAAGACUCAACAUUUACCAAAAGAAAGGUGGCUAUGAUAAAAUUUAACUGUUAGCAGGUUUGACGUUCUAGUUGUUUCAAUUUCAUUAACACUAUGGCUAUCACCACCUCCACCACCACUACACCAAACACCUCCUCCUUCUCCUUUUCCUCUGACUAAAACUCAUUACUUGUGCGUGUAUGGUAGUGCGUUAAGUUUAUGGGUACAAAUGUUCAACAUUUCCUUAAAAGAUUUCAAUGGAAAUACAUGCCAACAAAGUUGAAUAUUCUACAGACUUUAAAGUGGAUUUUUAACUUAAUUUCCCAAUAAUUAUAAUUUUAAAAAAAAAA